CCGCCCACCCUACUGCCCAGCCAGCACUCGGGAACCCACUGCCGCACAGCCCCGUCGCCUCCUCUUGCUCCAGCAUGAAGGGCCCCCUGCUCGGAGCCAUGUUCUCCCGGCACAUCAAGCGACACCCCGGCCUCAUCCCGCUCAUUGGCUUCAUCAGCGUAGGCCUGGGCAGUGCUGUCCUGUACCUGCUGCGGCUGGCGCUGUACAGUCCCGAUGUCAGCUGGGACAGGAAAAAUAACCCUGAGCCCUGGAACAAGCUGAGCCCCACGGAUCAGUAUAAAUUUAUGGCAGUUUCUACGGACUACAAGAGCCUCAAGAAGGACCGUCCCAGCUUCUGAGCUGCCAUGGGGAAGGAGCUCCCAUGCCAGUGUGAGGGAGAGCACUCUCAUGCCCACCGAGCAGCACCAUGCCCCCCUGCUGCUUCGCAGCCAGCCCCCUCAGGUACCACCAGUCCCACAGCACUACAGCACAUGCCAUCACCUGCACGCAGUCUUGAGCAACCCCCCAGCACCCACAAACUAGGGGGCUGCAUGCCCCAGCAAUAAACCAUGCCACAUCAGGAGUAGUGGGACCCCCACACACCUUUGCCAGCAAACCUGCGCCCUUGCAUCUUGCACAGAGCCGCAGCACUUGGACAGGGAGCAGCCACAGGCACUGCUCUCCCAGCUUGCAAGAUUUCCAUAAAACUCAUAGGACUGUAAUAAAGCAUUGGGUGGCAGGGUGGGGGGUGAGGCCAGGAAAAUAUAUUAUAUAAACUGUUUCCCAGGCCCAUAAA